AUGUCCCCGAUUGCGGGACAGGGAGGUGUGGUGGAAAGAAUUCGAUACCAGCGCACCAGCAUUAUCCAGGACAGUGGUAAUGCAAUCUAUAAUCAGAUGCGUGAUCCAGACUGGGAGGCUAUUGAGAAGAAUCCGUCCAUCAUGAAGUUCCCACGUCCCGAGUGGAUCUUUGGCUAUGACGUGAAGCGUGAUGUUUACGAGCAGUUCCCUGCUGCGAUGGGUGCGGUUCGGGACAACACGGCGUAUCGACCACGGAAUAUUCCAUUGGACAGCAAGUAUCAGGUGGUACACGAUUUCAAGAAACCUGUAGAAGCUUGA